CAAGGACUUGCCGCUGCAGCAGCCUGAAAGCUGCCUUUCCUCCAGCGGGUCCCUAAGGGAUUGGAGCUAAAACUUGACUGUCCGCAACCCGCAUCUCAAAGGAAGGGAUCACUGCUUUGUGUGCGCUACGGAAGAGGUCAGCGGGGCCGGGACUGCCGCGGUCACCUUCUGUCCCGGUUUCACCUCCAAGCUACUCUCACGGCCCUCCAGAACGAGGACUCAGGAUGGACUUUCUGACUCUCUUCUUGAUGUAUUUGUGUUUUGUUCUUGCUACUAUUGUUCUAGUCUGCAUCUACUCCGGAAGGAAACAGAGUUUCCUUGCACGAAGCGUCAAUGGUGCAGCCCAGGUGUUGUCAUUUGUAAUCCCCACACAGCUUCGAAGAAUGACACAGAAGGUGCUUCACAGGCUCUUUCACACACGAAGCUGUUUGUUUGUUGUCCUGCAUAUAGCCUUGGAAGCAGCAGUUUAUGGUGAAUACACGUGGGAAGUGUUUGAUUACUGCUGGGAGCUGGAGUUCUCCGUCCAUCUCCUGCUGCUACCCUACCUGCUGCUGGCUGUGAACAUAGGGUUCUUCGUUCUCUGCUCUCGGGCCGAUCCUGGUAUAAUAACGAAAUCAAAUCAUGCAUCAUUGACUAAGAUUUAUGCAUACGAUGCUGUAUUAUUUCAGAAAGGUAUUGUGUGCCCUACAUGCAACAUGGAGAAACCAGCCAGAUCAAAGCAUUGCAGUUUAUGUAAUAUCUGUGUGCAUCGUUUUGAUCACCACUGUGUGUGGGUGAACAACUGCAUAGGUGCCUUCAAUACAAAGUAUUUCUUCCUUUACCUCUUUACGCUGACUGCUAUGGCUGCAAACAUUGCAAUCAUCACAGCAGCAUUUCUCAUCCAAGUGGUGCUGCUGUCAAAUAUGAUGCAUGGAAGUUACAUUGAUGACCAAGGACAAGAGCAUGCUAUUGAGAUUCUCUUUCUCAUUCAGCACCUUUUCUUGACUUUUCCCAGGAUUGUCUUCAUGCUUGGUUUUGUUAUUCUUCUCACUCUUGUACUGGGAGCGUACUGCUCUUUCAAUCUAUACUUGGCCUUAACCAACCAAACAUCUAACGAAUGGUAUAAACUGAGAAGAUAUGGGUGUUCUCACCAUCUAGCAUUGCAGCCUCAGGACAGAAGAGUUAUCUACAAAAAUAUUUAUUCUAACGGAAUCUGGAUGAAUUUAAAGGAAAUCUUUAAAUCUCCUACAGUAUUGGAAAGAAAGAAGAAAACAUGAAGAUAUUACUCUUUUAGAAUAAGUUUAAAAAAAAAAAAAAAGCAUAUUUAAAGACUAUUUCAGCAGCACGCUUUGUGGUCCCAAAGGACUUUUGUAAAAAGAUAAUUGUAUUUCAAUUAAGUAUUACAAAUAAUUGGAAAAUACAUUUUCAUAAAGCGAGAAUGCCUGCAAGUUUGCCUGUAACACUACCCAGACCAGUUGUGACAAUGACCUUUUA